CAAGGGCCCGGAUCGGUGGCCGUGAGCAGCCCGGGCACUGCAAGAUGGAGUUGGAGGCUGUGCUAAAGGAACGGACCGCCGCUGCCGGAGAUCCUGGGCGAGUAUUGGGUGCUUGGGUCAGGAGCGGCUGGUCAGCAGCAGGGCCCAGCGUGCUUGAGUCUGAAGGUGGCUCAGGGGGACCAUUAGCUUUCGAGUCUACGAGCAGCCGCAUCCUAGAGUUGGCCUCUAAGGACAACGAACCCGAGUACGAAGCGCUGCCGGAUGGAUCUAAUGUGACGACGCACAUGCUCGCAGGGGCCGUGGCUGGGGUCAUGGAGCACUGCCUUAUGUACCCUGUAGACUGUGUCAAGACCCGCAUGCAAAGUCUUCAGCCAGAUCCUGCUGCCCGUUACCGAAAUGUAAUGGAUGCCCUGUCUAAAAUCGUCCGAACCGAAGGCUUCUGGAGACCAUUGAGAGGACUGAAUGUUACUGCAACAGGAGCAGGCCCUGCCCAUGCUCUCUACUUUGCCUGCUAUGAAAAGUUAAAAAAGACAUUGAGUGACAUUAUCCACCCUGGGGGCAAUUCCCAUAUUGCUAAUGGUACUGACUAUUCCUGUCCUGCAUAACUCUUCGGUUUUCCUUUUUGUUAAACAAGUAUCUGUUGCCAAGACAUUUCUGACAAUUUUUCUUUUUACAUAUUUUUUUUUUCAGGCAACUUGGCACAAAAUAACCAUGCAAUCUCACACUAAUCCACUUCACAUUCUCCUAGUGGCCUGCAAUUAUGGCUCCUUAAGAGCAUUACUUUGGUCCUGUAACACUGCCUGAAGUGCAGGGAAAAAAACUACAAUGGUCCUAGUUUCAAAUUACACUUAAAUACACAUACAGAAUGACGAGUCCCUUUCUUUAAGCGACUGCGAUGUUUGUGUGCAAACUUGUAUCCCUGGUUUGCACCUAGAAAUUACAAUGUUCUGAACUGACACAUAAUUAUGUAGAAGAUGCAAUAUUCCCAUUUUUUAAACUAAUGUGUAACCACAGUAUAAAUCUACCAAUUUUAGGAACACGAAAACACACACUCCUGUCUGCCAGUGCCUUAACUUUACUAACACUCUGCUGAACUUUAUGUGGACGUUAUUUGGAACCCUGACUCCCAAGUGACUUUGAAGGGUUAAAAGGUUUCACUCAGUGGAGGCGAUGGCACUCAUAAGACUGCUGAGAGGGUGUGCUGUAGAAGCCUUGUUUUCUAAGGAUGCCUGCAGCAAGUUUACAUCGUUACUACGUUCUUGUUGAAAGCAAAUACAUUCCAGUGUAUCAGCAUAAAAAAAUCGUUGCUGUUGAACAGUGAUCACAGGAGCCUCAUAUGACUAGACUGAAAUAGACUGGCGGAAGCUCAGGGGGGCACAGUUUAGGCACAACAUGCCUCCACAAAACCUUAGACUUUUUACUGUCGGGGCAUUUGUAGUGUAUAGAAACAGCACCUAACCUUUCAACACAGACUUGAUUUGUGUACCA